AUACCUGGCAUUCCGCCUUUUUCUGUCAAACCCGCGUAUUUUUUCGCUGAGGAAAUACUCACGAUCCGGAGAGCAAAUCCGCGGUGGAAACUCAGGUGCCCGGAGAGGAGUGUGCGGCCGCAGCGGCGGGGCAGGGGAGCCUUUGUGAGGUGUGUUGUGGCCGGAGCCGUCAUCAUUGCGUCGGAGUGGAGUUGCCGUGGCAGCCCUGAUGGGGCGCAGGAGGAGGGUGGCGAUGGGGAAGGACUGGCAGAUGGGGCGGACCGUGCAUUGGACGGUGACCCUGAGGGCGUGUGGAGUCCAGACAUUGAGCAGAGCUUUCAGGAAGCUCUGGCCAUCUACCCUCCCUGUGGCAGAAGGAAGAUCAUACUUUCAGACGAGGGGAAGAUGUAUGGUCGAAACGAGCUGAUAGCUCGUUAUAUCAAGUUACGAACAGGCAAGACGCGCACACGCAAACAGGUGUCUAGCCACAUUCAGGUUCUGGCACGUAAGAGGGUACGAGAAUACCAGACAAGCAUCAAGGCCAUGAACUUGGACCAGGUAUCCAAAGACAAGGCACUGCAGACAGUAGCCAACCUCUCAUCAGCUCAGAUUGUGUCUGCUAGCGUAAUGAAACCCCAGACUCCGUUCCCCCCACCAGUCAGAUUUUGGCCCGGCCCUCUGCCAGGACAGCCUGGACAUUCUCAGGACAUCAAGCCCUUUGCACAGCCACCAUACACAACACUACCAGCCCCUGUCCCUGCACCUAUCAGUUAUGAGCCCCUGCCUCCCCCACGCCCUGCAGCUAUAGCAGCUCCUGUAUGGCAAGACAGAACCAUCGCCUCAGCAAAACUACGCCUGUUGGAGUUCUCUGCUUUUCUGGAGACCCAGAGAGAGAGAGAGACGUAUAAACACCUUUUCGUACACAUUGGCCCAUCAAACCCAGGCUACAGUGACCCCGUGUUGGAGUCCAUAGAUGUGAGGCAGAUUUACGACAAGUUCUCUGAGAAGAAAGGAGGCCUGAAGGAGCUAUAUGAAAAAGGGCCGCACAAUGCAUUCUUCCUCGUCAAGUUCUGGGCGGACCUGAGCAGUGACAUUGAGGAGGGUUCUGGCGUGUUCUAUGGAGUGAGCAGCCAGUACAGUGGAACAGAGAACAUCACCAUCAGUGUCUCGACAAAAGUCUGCUCCUUUGGCAAACAAGUGGUAGAGAAGGUUGAGACUGAAUAUGCACAUAUGGAAGGAGGAAAGUAUGUGUUCCGCAUCCAUCGUUCUCCCAUGUGUGAAUAUAUGAUCAACUUCAUCCACAAACUCAAACACCUGCCAGAGAAAUACAUGAUGAACAGUGUACUGGAGAACUUCACCAUCCUACAGGUGGUGUCCAACAGAGAAACUCAGGAGACUCUGCUGUGCAUCGCCUUUGUGUUUGAAGUGUCCACUAGUGAACACGGAGCUCAGUACCACGUCUACCGACUAGUUAACGACUAGCAGCAUGCUGUACGCGUGCAGAGACUCUCCACAGACUUUUUUGAUAUAUACAGUAUAAACACUAUUCCCAGCUCAGACACACAGACCCCCACUCCGCUACUCUAAACACACACUUGUUUUAACAGACCAACAGUCACACUGUAGUCACACCUGCUGUUUGUUCGACGUGUAUACUUCUCAUGACUUAAACCCUAAAGUGGAAUUCACUUUUAUAGAUUUUGACCAAAACGCGGUGCCAUUCUUGGCGUAAUUAUCACCAAGUUGUUGUGAUGUUAUCCAGUGUAAUUAUUCAGUCACAGAAAUGUCUCACCUGGUGAAAAUGAUGCACAUCUCAACGUCAAGCUCGGUUCUUCACAGGUAUUAGGCUUUUCUUUUUAACUAGGAAUUUGAUCAACUGGAAAGCAGGAUUUAAAUUCGUCCCCAAUAUGCAUCAUAUGAGUGAACGUCAUCAUUUGCAGGGAAUUUUCUGAUUUUAAGUCGUAGGUGUGACUGAUGUGAGACGAGUUUGAAUAUAGGUUGGCAAACAGAUCAUUUAAUCAGUGUUAAUGCAAUCUGCCACAGUAACUAUUUCUUCUACAGUUUGUAGUAUCUCUGUCAGGUAGGAACUGAAUGAGCCCAUAAUGGUGUCAUCUCUAUCACUGCUUAGUGUGGAAUCACUAUCUCCAGUUACUUAAAAAAAAAAACUCUAAGGAUCACAUGGACAAACGUAUGAGCGUGCCUCUUCACAGAACGUAAUGCACUACAUGUAAAGACGUAGAAGCCGUAUUUAUAUUUGAGAAACCGUGUGGAAGUGUAAAGAGAGCCAUCAUUUUAGGGUGCGUUUGCUGUUUAAAGGUCUCCAGUGGUACAGGGUGUGGAGGGAAAGAUCUUUCGAUCAAAUCUCAAGGAGGUUUUUAAGUUUGGCUCACUUGUCUUUGGAAACAAAAGUGGUUCACAACCAGUUUCAGAUUCAGUUCAUGCUUUGGUGUCAGCAGCAGUUUGAACGAAAGAAUCUCUACUGUUCACUGACAUAAUACUGUCUUGCUUAGACUGUGUGAGCUCGCUGCAGUAUUUCUACCUCCACGUGAGUUGGGAUAAGAAUGUGCUUUGGUUCAUAAUGCCUUAACCUGAGGAGCACUGAUGUAUAGGAUGUGUACACUACACUUGUAAUGGUACUGUUUAUAAGCCAAAACAAGGUGAAUAGACUUGUUUUUUGUAAAGAUGAACUAUCUUUUUUUGUAUUUCACCAGCACAGCUAGAAGUGUUACUGUACAUCAUGUAUGAUGGGUGUUUCGGUGUAUCUUUUUCGAUGUAUGCAAAAUGAUGUAUGGUACAGACCACACUAAGGUCACCCACAGUGCACUGGGGUAGAUUUUUGCCUGAUAACACUAGCGAAUUAUCCAGCUUACACUUACUUUUUUCUCUUUUGUUCUAUGUAAUGUUUUUGGUUUUUGGUAUGUGUGGCUACCAAUGUUUUUUUUUGUUUUUUUUAAUAGUAAACGUUAUUUGACUCUGUCACGCCCUCUCAUGGCAGGAUUGUCUUUAACCAUGUGGAAGGUGACAGUGAUAUUUCUUGAUCAUGAAAGUAAGAGCCGACUGGUUCAGUUUUAAAUAACCAUAUUCACUGUGUGGUGAGCCAGAAUUGUUAUUCAUUUAUUUCUCCUGUCUGUGUACUCUGGUUGGCUGUGCCUCAUCACUCCUUUGGUCAAAUAUGCUCAGUGAAUUACAUCGGUGCCUUUAUGCUGUACCAAUAAAAUCGCACGGUGUUUGCAGAA